AGUGUGGCAGGAAUCGCUCGGGGUCACUGUUGGUCUCAGAGUGUGUGUGUGUACCAUAACGGAGGGCCGUGUCUCGUGUGUUUGGUAAAGAAAUUUAAAGCAACACUGCAAGCAUGACUACUGCCCAUAAAUUGGUGAUCGUCCGUCAUGGCGAGAGUGAGUGGAACCAGUACAACAAAUUCUGCGGCUGGUUUGAUGCCGACCUCAGCGAGAAGGGCCUGGAGGAGGCCAAGCGUGGUGCCAUGGCCAUCAAGGACGCCGGCAUGAAGUUCGACAUCUGCCACACAUCUGUGCUGAAGCGCGCCGUCAAGACCCUGUGGACCAUCCUGGAGGGCACAGACCAGAUGUGGCUGCCUGUGUACCGCACAUGGCGUCUGAACGAGCGCCACUACGGCGGCCUGACAGGUCUUAACAAGGCAGAGACAGCCGAGAAGCAUGGAGAGGAGCAGGUCAAGAUCUGGCGUCGUUCCUUCGACACCCCCCCUCCCCCCAUGGAACACGACCACGCCUUCCACAAGAUCAUCAGUGAGGUAAGAGGGGUGAUGUUGGUGGUGGUGCAUAAUAGUACUACACAAAACAGACUUGUGAUCCACAUUUUAGGUCUGUGAUUGCUAACAUAGAAUAAUAACACCUGACACAUUAUUUUAAAACGUUAUGUACAACUACCCCUAGAAUAUGUUCCCAUCUUACAAGGAAACCAGACAAUUUCAGGAUAUUUAUGACUUGCUUAGGAGAUCCUGCAACACUAAGACUUGCAGGUGUCAGUUGAAGUAAAACAGCAUUGAAUGAAUGGAAGAGCGUUGGAUGAAAUUCUAUGACUUCUCAUGUAAGACUACUUGUUACUUGUAUGAGCCUAAACAUGUACUGUACGUGUACUGCUUGAGGUACUACGUAUUUGCCAGGUUUCGUUUGCAGCCCUCUAGGAUGUUAGAUCACACCUACUGUUGUGAUGAUACAUUUGAGCAGUGUAACCCAACAUGCUGUUCUGUCCUCCCACCAGUCAAGGCGCUACAAGGGCCUGAAGCCCGGUGAGCUGCCCACAUGUGAGUCCCUGAAGGACACUAUUGCCCGUGCCCUGCCCUACUGGAACGAUGUCAUCGCACCUGAGAUCCAGGCCGGCAAGAACGUCAUCAUCGCUGCCCACGGCAACAGCCUCCGCGGAAUUGUCAAGCACUUAGAGGGUUGGUAUUAUGGGCUGCUGCAGUGGCUGGACACAGUGUGGGGGUGGGGGGGGUGGGGGUGGGGGGGGGGGGGGGGGGGGGGGGGGGGUAGAGGGGGGAGUUGAGGGAAAAGGUUAGAGGUCAUAUUUCACAAGGAAUGUCCAGUAUGGCAUGUUGUCAAAUAUCACAUGACUCGAAGAUCUAACAGAUGCAUAGCCACUGCACAGAAAGGUCUGCAGCCUGCAACAAGUAAGGAUGAUACACAGUAGUAAGGAUGAUACACAGUAGUAAGGAUGAUACACAGUAGUAAUGGUGAUACACAGUAGUAAGGAUGAUACACAGUAGUAAGGAUGAUACACAGUAGUAAGGAUGAUACACAGUAGUAAUGGUGAUACACAGUAGUAAGGAUGAUACACAGUAGUAAUGGUGAUACACAGUAGUAAGGAUGAUACACAGUAGUAAGGAUGAUACACAGUAGUAAUGGUGAUACACAGUAGUAAUGACGAUACACUGAUAAUACUAAAGUAAUGAUACACUCAUUACAUUACAGUUACUAACCUAACUGUUUGCUGACAGUGGCUCAGUGAGUAUACAGCUGCUGGGCCUGUAGGCAUAGUAUGGUACACCACAUUCACCCAGUCACACACAUAUAUACAGUCGUGGUCAAAAGAUUUGAGAAUGACACAAGUAUUGGUCUUCACAAAGUUCGCUGCUUCAGUGUUAUGAGAUAUUUUUGUCAGAUGUUACUAUGGUAUACUGAAGUAUAAUUACAAGCAUUCCAUAAGUGUCAAAGGCUUUUAUUGACAAUUACAUUACGUUUAUGCAAAGAGUCAAUAUUUGCAGUGUUGACCCUUCUUUUUCAAGACCUCUGCAAUCCGCCCUGGCAUGCUGUCAUAAUCAAUGCUUGGAGUUUGUCAGAAUUUGUGGGUUUUAGUUUGUCCACCUGCCUCUUGAGGAUCGACCACAAGUUCUCAAUGGGAUUAAGGUCUGGGGAGUUUCCUGGCCAUGGACCCAACAUUUUGAUGUUUUGUUCCCCGAGCCACUUAGUUAUCACUUUUGCCUCAUGGUAAGAUGCUCCAUCAUGCUUGAAAAGGAAUUGGUCAUCACCAAACUGUUCUUGGAUGGUUGGGAGAAGUUGCUCUCGGAGGAUGUGUUGGUACCAUUCUUUAUUCAUGGCUGUGUUCUUAGGCAAAAUUGUAAGUGAGCCCACUCCCUUGGCUGAGAAGCAACCCCACACAUGAAUGGUCUCAGGAUGCUUUACUGUUGGCAUGACACAGGACUGAUGGUAGCACUCACCUUGUCUUCCCCGGACAAGGUGUUUUCCGGAUGCCCCAAACAAUCGGAAAGGGGAUUCAUCAGAGAAAAUGACUUUACCCAGUCCUCAGCAGUCCAAUCCCUGUACCUUUUGCAGAAUAUCAGUCUGUCCCUGAUGUUUUUCCUGGAGAGAAGUGGCUUCUUUGCUGCCCUUCUUGACACCAGGCCAUCCUCCAAAAGUCUUUGCCUCACUGUGCGUGCAGAUGCACUCGCACCUGCCUGCUGCCAUUCCUGAGCAAGCUCUGCACUGGUGGUGCCCCGAUCCCGCAGCUGAAUCAACUUUAGGAGACGUUCCUGGCGCUUGCUGGACUUUCUUGGGCGCCCUGACGCCUUCUUUACAACAAUUGAACCUCUCUCCUAGAAGUUCUUGAUGAUCUGAUAAAUGGUUGAUUUAGGUGCAAUCUUACUAGCAGCAAUAUCCUUGCCUGUGAAUCCCUUUUGUGCAAAGCAAUGAUGACGCCACGUGUUUCCUUGCAGGUAACCAUGGUUAACAGAGGAAGAACAAUGAUUUCAAGCACCACCCUCCUUUUAAAGCUUCCAGUCUGUUAUUCUAACUCAAUCAGCAUGACAGAGUGAUCUCCAGCCUUGUCCUCGUCAACACGCUCACCUGUGUUAACGAGAGAAUCACUGACAUGAUGGCAGCUGGUCCUUUUGUGGCAGGGCUGAAAUGCAGUGGAAAUGUUUUUUGGGGAUUAAGUUCAUUUUCAUGGCAAAGAGGGACUUUGCAAUUAAUUGCAAUUCAUCUGAUUACUCUUCAUGACAUUCUGGAGUAUAUGCAAAUUGCCAUCAUCAAAACUGAGGCAGCAGACUUUAGAAAAUUAGUAUUUGUGUAAUUCUCAAAACGUUUGACCACGACUGUAUAUAUAUAGAUAGAUAGAUAGAGUACAUAUACACAUACAGUGCCUUCAGAAAGUAUUCAUACCCUUUGACUUAUUCCACAUUCAAAAUGGAUUAAAUAGAUGUAUUUUCUCACCCAUCUACACACAAUACCCCAUAAUGACAAAGCGAAAACAGGUUUUUAGAAUUUUUAGCAAAUGUAUUGAAAAUACAUAUCAAAUUUACAUAAGUAUUCACACCCCUGAGUCAAUACUUUGUAGAAGUACCUUUGGCAGCGAUUACAGCUGUGAGUCUUUCUGGGUAAGUCUCUAAGAGCUUUAAAUACCUGGAUUGUGCAACAUUUGCCCAUUAUUCUGUCAAAUUGGUUGUUGAUCAAUGCUAGAGAACCAUUUUCACGUCUUGCCAUAGAUUUUCAAGUAGAUUUAAGUCAAAACUGUAACUAAGCUACUCAGGAACAUUCACUGUCUUCUUGGUAAGAAACUCCAGUGUAGAUUUGGCCUUGUGUUUUAGGUUAUUGUCCUGCUGAAAGGUGAAUUCAUCUCCCAGUGUCUGGUGCAAAGCAGACUGAACUAGGUUUUCCUCUAGGAUUUUGCCUGUGCUUAGUUCCAUUCCAUUAAUUUUUUAUCCUAAAAUACUCCCAAGUCCUUAAUGAUUACACACAAACCCAUAACAUGAUGGAGCCACCAAUAUGCUUGAAAAUAUGGAGAAUGGUACUCAGUAAUGUGUUGUAUUGGAUUUGCCCCAAACAUAACACUUUGUAUUCAGGACAAAAAGUGAAUUGCUUUGCCACAUUUUUUGCAGUAUUACUUUAGUGCCUUGUUACAAACAGGAUGCAUGUUUUGGAAUAUUUUUAUUCUGUACAGGCUUCCUUCUUUUCACUCUGUCAUUUAGGUUAGUAUUGUGGAGUAACUAUAAUGUUGUUGAUCCAUCCUCAGUUUUCUCCUAUCACAGCCAUUAAACUUUGUAACUGUUUUAAAGUCACCAUUGGCCUCAUGGUUAAAUCCCUGAGUGGUUUCCUUCCUCUCUGGCAACUGAGUUAGAUAGGACGCCUGUAUCUUUGUAGCGACCGGUUGUAUUGACACACCAUCCAAGGUGUAAUGAAUAACUUUGCCGUGCUCAAAGGGAUAUUCAACGUCUGCUUUUUUAUUUUGAACCAUCUACCAAUAGGUGCCCUUCUUUGCAAGGCAUUGGAAAACCUCCCUGGUGUUUGUGGUUGAAUAUGUGUUUGAAAUUCACUGCUCGACUGAGGGACCUUACAGAUAAUUGUAUGUGUAGGGUACAGAGAUGUGGUAGUCAUUCAAAAAUCAUGUUAAAAUAUAUUAUUGCACACAGUGUUAGUUCCCCCGUGUAGCUCAGUUGGUAGAGCAUGGCGCUUGCAACGCCAGGGUUGUGGGUUCGAUUCCCACGCACAUUUUUAAGCAAAUUUUUACCCCUGAACUUAUUUAGGCUUUCCAUAACAAAGGGGUUGAAUACUUAUUGACUCAAGACAUUUCAGCUUUUAAUUUUGUAUGAAUUCUCUAAACAUGAAUAUUUUCUGAAGGCACUACAUUUCCAGAUUACCAGGAGUCUAUAAAUAGCUGGGGCUCUCUCCCUGGAGCUCAGACAGACACCGUGGAAAAGGCCAUGGGCGUUGUUUCCAUUACGGACACGACCUUUCUGCAGAAAGGUUCUGCAUUCUCCAGGAGUGGUGGGACCGGGGUGAUGCAGACAGGGUUGCAGGGUGGCAGGGUUGCAGAGGGAGAGGGGGUGACAAGAGUGCAGAGGGAAAGGGCAGGGAAAGGUAAGGUCUGCUGAAACAAGCUACUUAGUGCCCCCCCCCCAGCGCUCCCCUGAAAGAGGAGUAUGGAUGACCUCACCUGUCAAAGGGCACCAAAUGUUGCUCUUGUAAACAGAGCUGGGUAGUGGGUACUAGCUAAGAAAUAUACCAGCCUUUGAGGAUCUGUACUUGACAUCCAUAGAAAGGAUUUCCCCUCCACUGGGAAUACAUAUGUCAAAUACAUUGCCUUAUGUGAAUUUCCUCGAAAUGAAUGAUCAGUCUUGAUUUCCCACACUAUCCUCUGCCUAUUCCUAACACUCCUUUCUGUAUGUGUCUGUCUCCUCAGGCAUGUCAGACGCUGCCAUCAUGGAGCUGAACCUGCCAACAGGUAUCCCCAUUGUGUACGAGCUGGACGCGAACCUGAAGCCCGUCAAGCCCAUGGCUUUCCUAGGAGACGCUGAGACUGUGAAGAAGGCCAUGGAGGCCGUGGCUGCCCAGGGCAAAGCUAAGAAGUAAGCCAGCCUGGAGGCGUCAAGAGGAGAAAGAGAAGAAGUGGCUGUUCCCCCCCAUCCUUAACUAUCAAUCAUUCACCCCCCCAUUCAGAUGCAGUCCAUUGCAUCCUGUGAUAAAGGCUCCCUUUGGUUGUGGAGAUAGGCCCUGUGUAGCCACCUGUUUUUGAGAGGGAACAUCAUGAAACCCAAAUAUUGGGUGAUUGUUCCAUAGAUCUGUGGAGGUGGUACUGGGACUGCACAAGCCUUGUCCACUCACCCAAACACACACACACACACUAUUGUGGAGUCUCACAGUCCCACUGUAGGGUUGGUGAAGCCCUGUGUUAAGGGCACCACACUCUGACACAACAAAUAAAGAAACCACCUUUUUGUGUC